AUGGUCUUGAAUCUGCGAAAAAGUCAUGACCGUGACCACAUCACCCCGGCGCGUGCCAGCCCGGCUGGCACGACGGAUUCUGACGACCAGGCGGCUGAGGCUAUCACCAACCUGAAGCACUUCGAGAAGAUGCAUCACCUUGACCCCAACCUGCCUAUUGAUGAGCUGAAUGACAUUGAUGCCGCACUGGACAGUGGAAAUGCCGAGAAGGGCAUUGAAGUGGAGCGUCUCCUUGUUGAGGACGACUCCCCAUAUCCAGAAGUGCGAGCCUCGGUGCGGAACUACGACGUUGAUCUACCGGUGAAUACGAUUCGGGCCUGGUUCAUUGGCCUUCUUCUCUGCACUGUCGGAUCCGGAGUCAAUAUGCUCUUCUCACUCCGCAACCCUAGCAUCCAAGUCACGACCUAUGCUGUCCAAUUGGUGGCGUACCCCAUAGGACUGCUCUGGGAUCUCAUCUUCCCAGACCGGGAGUGGAAUAUUCUCGGCCUGAAGUUCAAUCUGCGACCCGGAAGGUUCAAUUUCAAAGAGCAUGUCAUUAUCGUGGUUAUGUCCAACGCCGCGUACGGCGGUGGUGCGCUCUAUGCAACCGAUGUCAUCAUUGCCCAGCAGGUCUGGUACAAGCAGGCCUUUGGCUGGGGCUGGCAGAUUCUCCUCGGCAUCACAACACUCUGCACGGGCUAUGGCCUUGCUGGCCUCGGCCGUCGAUUCCUUGUCUGGCCCGCGGCCAUGAUCUGGCCUGCUGAUCUGGUCAACGCCGCACUCUUCUAUGCUCUCCAUGACCACUCACCAUCGGAUCCGACUACGACAAACGGAUGGCGGAUGGGACGGUACAAAUGGUUCCUCAUAGUCUUUGCCGCCUCCUUCGUCUGGUACUGGUUCCCAGGUUGGAUCUUCCAAGGCCUCUCUUGGUUCUGCUGGGUCACCUGGAUCUGGCCCAACAGCGUUGUUGUCAACCAGGUCUUUGGCGGGCUGAGCGGUUAUGGUCUGCUGCCAAUUACUUUUGACUGGACCAUCGUGUCUGGCUACUUGACGUCGCCGCUUAUCCCGCCUUUCCAUGCUAUCGCUAACAUGAUUGCUGGCAUCUUUGUCUUCUUCGUGGUGAUAUCCAUGGGCAUUCAUUUCAGCGGCAUGUGGUACGCGGCGUACCUCCCUGUUCAGAACUCGCACGCGUACGAUAACACGGGACACCAGUACAACGUCACCAGGAUUCUGGAUGAGAACUUCCAGUUCGACGAAGCCAGGUACAAUGCCUAUUCUCCACUCUAUCUCCCUACACAGUUCGCGCUGGCGUACGGCUUGGCGUUUGCUGCUGUCGCCGCUGUGGUUGUCCACGUCGCGCUCUAUCACGGAAGGGAGGUCUACACCCAGUUCAAGCAGGCUCGGACCCAGGAGGACGACGUACACAUGCGCCUCAUGAAGAAGUAUCGAGAUGCCCCAGACUGGUGGUACGGGGUGCUCUUCGUCAUCAUGCUCGGCAUGUCAUUUGCGGUCGUCUGCGCUUGGGACACCGGCUUCCCCUGGUGGGGAUACGUCGUGUGCAUGGUGCUGCCGGCGAUCUGGACCAUCCCCAUCGGCAUCGUGCAAGCAAUCACGAACAUACAGAUCGGGCUGAACGUCUUGACCGAGUUCAUCGUCGGCUACAUGCUGCCCGGCCGUCCCCUGGCGAUGAUGAUGUUCAAGAACUACGGCUAUCUCUGCAUGUCGCAAGCGCUCUACUUUGCUCAGGAUCUCAAGCUCGGCCACUACAUGAAGGUUCCCCCGCGCACCAUGUUCUGGUCGCAGCUGAUAGCCUCCGUCUGGUCCGCUGUCGUCCAGAUAGGUGUCAUGAACUGGGCGUUCGGUGCCAUCCCGGACCUGUGCGACGACCACCAGGAGAACUCGUACACUUGUGCAAACGCAAAGGUGUUCUACACCGCCUCCAUCAUCUGGGGAGCCAUCGGCCCCAAGCGAAUGUUCAGUGGCGAUGCGCUCUACUCGAGCCUCCAAUGGUUUUGGCUCGUCGGUGCUCUCGCUCCCGUUGUCACCUGGUUCUUCGCUCGGCGGUAUCCCAAGUCCAUCUGGCGAUACGUCAACACACCCCUUUUCUUUGGCGGUUCGGGCUGGAUUCCACCUGCAACGGUGUAUAUAUACUUCUGCUACGGUAUUGUUGGCACCAUUUUCAACUUCUUCAUCAAGCGGCGUUGGAACGGCUGGUGGCUGCAAUACAACUACAUCACGUCUGCGGCACUUGACACUGGCCUCAUCAUUUCCACCAUCAUCAUUUUCUUCACUCUCUACCUCACGUCGGCUACACCGCCGCAGUGGUUUGGAAAUCUCGACGCUCUUAGUACACUGGACAUGCUGUCCAAGGCUGUCCAGAAGGAGGUACCGAAGGGAGAGACCUUUGGCCCUUCUACUUGGCCCUGA